AUGGAUGGUAGUGCCCUCAAAUUUGAUUAUGGGAGACUCCGUCGACAACAAAAGGAAAAAAUGAAGAAAGGGAUUCACCCUCAGCUUCAAUGGAUAUCGUACGUGACCCAAAGUGGCCGUUUGAUGAAUGUGACGAUGACCAAGAUUCAUCAGGUCGGCAAAGUAUACCAUUUCCGAGCAAAAAGGCAGAUGGCCCAAAGCAUUGGCCAAAUUGCAAAAUUCAAACGCCGUUAUGGAGGUAUCUUAUUCGGAUUUAUAACCAUUCAACAGAUGAUAUACUUCAGAAUUCUCAAGCUAGAGCAGUAUAGUCUAACCAAGACUACAACAGUGGUCCACAGAGGAUGUACGCCUUGUUUACAUAAGUUGGAAUUUGUAUCCGGUAGCGCAGAAGACAUAAACCACAUAAAUGAUGGGGCGUAUGAAUUACACAGGCACCAAAGCUCGUUUGAGGCCAAUAAGGACAUCCAAGUCUUCAUGAGGUUUCUCCUCCAUUGUGACCAACAAUUUCCUCCUCAACUUUGCAGCAAAUGGCUUCAAAUAUGUUCGACUUGA